AUGGCGGGGGGAGCUCGCAGCAGGUUCGGGUGGGUUGCCGCCAAGAGAAGGAGGAAGAGGAGGAGGAGGGAGUCGCCUCACGGUGCCAGCAGUGGGAGGCGAGAGGCAGUGGGCGCCGCAAGGUCCCCGCACAACCGUGACAGCGGAGGAGGACUUUUCAACGGCGCCAUCCGCGGCCACGCACCCACGAGGCCGGCAUGCGGAGAGCUGGGGUCGCGCAGCCGACGACCAAGAGAACCGACGGCGGCCGCUCCCGUCCAACCUGCCUGGCUGGGCGCGCUCAGUCGCAGCGAAAGAGAAGAAGGGGAGAGCCCGUCACGACCGACGAGGAGCGGAGGAAGAGGAUCUGUGCUCGCCGAGGAAGGUAACGGGGGACGCUCUCGGCUGCCGUCGCCACAACUCUUCGCCGCUGCUCGAGCCCCUCGAGAGGUGCCGUUGCCGUCGCUGCCGCCGCCGCCGCCUCUCCACCGACCGAGUUCGCUCCCAGCGCAACACCCAGUGACAGCCUCUCCAACCAACACCUACCCUCUUGUGCCCAUGGGGGCGCGGCUCCCGAGGCCACGCCCUCCGCCGCUGCCAUUGGAAGAAAAGGGCCCCGCCCCCACACUCCUUUUCCUCCAUUGGUACGGCUGCGCUUCCGAACGCCACCUCUCCGAAGACAUUGGCGGGCGCGCACCCGCCCCCUCAAGCACCAACAAUUCAGUUGCUGGGGUAUUUCUUCCGCGGUAUUGGCUCGCGCGCACGCCCGUCACUGUGGCGCUGGGAGCUGCGCGGCUGUGUUUACACAUCGGAGGAUGA